UGUGUGAGUGUAGUAGAUAGAUAGGGCUAUCGACAUUUGAUUGGCUAACGGAAUUUGGGCCCAAAAACUCCCCCACCGAGAGCAAACAAGACCUUAACGGAGGCCGCCGUACAGAAAACCUCCGGCAAAACUAGUAAAAAAUGGCGGCUCCGACUACCACUGCAACUGCUUUUCUCAAGACAGUUGACCGUCUUCGUAUCUCUCCCGCAAACUCUCCGCCGCUCCGUCCUCCGUUUCCCGCCAAAAAAUCCUCCAGAAUUUUAGCUAUGGCACCGAAGAAGAAGGUGAACAAGUAUGACAGUGGUUGGAAAAAGGAGUGGUUUGGGGCGGGGAUCUUCUUCGAAGGAAGCGAACAAGUUGAUGUGGACGUGUUCAAGAAGCUGGAGAAGCGUAAAGUAUUAAGCAAUGUAGAGAAGGCAGGGCUGUUGUCAAAAGCGGAGGAGCUAGGGCUUACUCUCUCUUCUAUUGAGAAUUUAGGGCUUUUGUCGAAAGCCGAAGAGUUAGGGCUUCUCAGCUUGCUUGAAACGGCUGCAGGAUACUCUCCUGCAGCUUUAGCGUCGGCUGCGCUGCCAGUUCUGGUGGCGGCGAUUCUAGCAGUUGUUUUGAUACCGGAUGAUUCUACUGUUUUGGUGGUGGUGCAGACCGUCGUAGCAGGUACGCUUGCUGCUACUGGAGCUGGAUUGUUUGUUGGUUCGAUUGUGUUAGAUGGAUUACAGGAAGCUGAUUAGAGUGUUGUUGUUUUGUAUUAUUUAUGAGUUGAAGUAUUUGGUUGUGAAUAAUCUAUGUUUGUUGUAAUUCAAAUUUGUUAACAAUGGAUGUGAUUAUAUUAUGUGGAGGAAUCUAAAGAACUUCUUCUCA